AUGGGUGGUUUUACUUCAGCCGCUGCGUUGGGUGCUGGCUACUACUAUUAUAACAACAACAACAACAACAACAACGUAGCCAUAGCAAAGUCUCAGCCAACAACACAAAGCACCCAGAGUGCCAUCCAACAAGCGUUCCACGAACUCCAAAAAGUACUUCCAUCCGAACACGUAACGGUAGACGAAGAAACGUUGCAGCUGCACGGCUAUUCCAACAACAGUUACCACAACGAAGGCAGUCCAAACAUUGUGGUGUAUCCUACCAACACACAAGAGGUUGUACAGAUUGUCAAGAUUGCAAACACACUGAAUGUGCCCAUCAUUGCCUUUUCCGGCGGCACCUCGCUCGAAGGUCAUUUCACGGCUCCGCAGGGCGGUAUCUGUAUCUCUUUCACUGAACACAUGGACAAGGUCGUCGAGUUCCAUCCGGAUGAUCUGGAUAUUGUUGUUCAGCCAGGCGUGCAGUGGGAGAACUUGAAUGCUCAGCUCAAAGAGCAUGGGUUGUUCUUUCCCAUGGAUCCAGGUCCAGGUGCAUGCAUUGGUGGCAUGGUGGGCACAGGUUGUUCAGGUACAAACGCUGUGCGUUGGGGCACAAUGCGUGAGUGGGUUAUCAAUUUAACGGUGGUGAUGGCUGAUGGUAAAGUCAUCAAGACCCGUCAACGACCCAGAAAAUCAUCAGCUGGCUACGACUUGACCAAACUCUUCAUUGGAUCCGAGGGUACGCUCGGCAUCGUCACAGAAGCCACACUCAAACUCGCUGUUCGACCGCAAGAAGAAACGGUUGCGGUAUGCGAUUUCCCAACGGUACGCGAUGCAGCAGCCGUUGUACCAGAUCUGACGCGCGCUGGUGUCCAGAUUGGGGCGGUUGAAUUACUCGACGAAGAAAUGAUGAAAGCCGUGCGUAUGGCCAGUCCACAACUCGGCUAUCAGGCAAAACCAACCCUGUUCUUCAAGUUUGUUGGUUCCAAGGCCCAGAUUGAGCAUGAAAUCAAGGUCGUUUCGGAUUUGGUCAAGAAACAUCAGGGUGGUCAGUUCAAGUAUGCAAAGACACAGGCGGAAAAGGAUGAUUUGUGGGAAGGUCGAAAGACUUGCCUUUGGUCAGCCACGAUGUUAAAGGAAAACGCAUCGGUGUGGACAACUGAUGUAGUCGUGCCGGUUUCACGAUUACCCGAACUGAUUGCAGAAACCAAAAAGGAUGUGUCCGAAUCAUCUCUUCCUUGCCCAUUUGCAGGCCAUGCUGGUGAUGGCAAUUUCCAUUUGUUUAUCCUAUUUGACAAGAACAUCCCCAGCGAGUUUGAAGAAGCCACUCGAUUGAACCAGAACCUCAUCCAACGUGCUAUCAAGAUGGAAGGUUCCAUCACUGGCGAACACGGAGUCGGCUUUGGCAAGAAGAAAUACCUUCGUGAUGAAUUGGGUGAUAAUACAGUCGAUUUAAUGUGGACAAUCAAGAACGCAAUGGAUCCAAAGGGUAUCAUGAAUCCAGGCAAAGUGUUGCCCGAUCCAAAAUGA